UGGCAGCAGACAGUGCCAUGGCUCCUGAAGGAAAGGCAAGCACCACUCCUGGAAAAAGGGCUGUCCACAAAAUCCGAAUGGCCAGCAUGGUCUUCAGCUUGGCGCAAGGAUGGCAGCAGUGGGUAUCUGACCACCACGUAAAGCAAGCCCAAGAGCCCUCUGGAUGGGUCCCCCCUACAGAAGACUCACCAGCCCAGCCUGUAGAAGAAAGAUCCUUUGAAAAAUGGCCAACACCACCUGUCGAGAAGGACCAAGAAAAAGAUGAUGAAAAAGCCUCAGCAAAGGAAUCAGUAACAAUAAGAGAAUCUGAAAAAAACUCAAGGGAAUCAGAUGAAGCCCUGAAAAAGUUCAGCAUUAAAAGCAAAGGGGUGACCAAAACAGUUGUAAGCAAAGCCUAUGAACGAGGAGGAGAUGUUAGCCUCCUCAGUGAAAGAUACGAGAACAAUAGCAGCUCAGAGAUGACCAAGCUCAAAGAAGAAUCAAAUGCUAUUGACAAAAUUCUUAGUGGCAAAUUAUCUCCAACCAUAAGGAGAAAGUGUUCAAACAUGGUUUCAGAGCUGACCAAGGGCUGGAAACAGGUGGAACAAGAUGACAGAGAAGGGGCUAAGAAAGAACCACUGCUUAAGUGUCAUGAUGACAGCCUGGAUGCUGAGGACAGUGGCUAUGGGGAAGCAGAGGACAAAACUGAGCCAGAAGACAGUGACCGAGAGGUGACGGUUGUGAGAAUUAAACGACCUGUGCCAUCUCUCACAAACAGGAUAAAUGAAGAAGCACGCACCACAGCCCAGAGGAAAUACAGCCCUGUCAAUAGCCUGAAGGACAAAUGGCAAGAAUGGAGCGACCAGCACAUCAUGUCUCAGAAGCUCAAUCCCUUCAGUGAGGAAUUUGACCAUGAGCUGUCCAUGUCCAUACGCCUGCACAAAGGAGACGCAGGCUAUGGCCGUCCGAAGGAAGGAACCAAAACUGCUGAAAGAGCCAAGAAAGCUGAGGCCCACAUCCAUCGGGAGAUCAGGGACAUGUGUUUCAUCAUUGAAUCCAUGGCUAAGCCACGGCCUGAUGGGAAGAUCCAAGUUACAUUUGGGGAACUCUUUGACAGAUAUGUUCGUAUUUCAGAUAAGGUUGUUGGGAUUCUGCUGAGAGCCAGGAAACACGGCCUAGUAGACUUUGAGGGAGAAAUGUUAUGGCAAGGAAGGGAUGAUAAUGUCAUAAUUACUUUAUUAAAAUAAGCAUGCUACAACCAGAACAACUUGUUUUGGAAAACCUUUCUCCUCUUCUCCCUUGCUAACAGAAUUUGCACAUUUUGAAUACAAGAUUCAUCACAUAGAAAUUACAUCAACCAUUUUUCUAAAUACGUAUUUUAUAACUACUCCAUGGUAACACAAGCAUGCAAAUAGAUUUUUCUCUCUAACAGGAGGGCUUGCAGAACACUUCAGUUAAUUGCUACAUGAAAAAUAGAGGAAUCCAUACAAAAUAUAAGCAGCUGAUCAUAAAAACCAAUAGCAAUACAAGUAGCUACAAAUGAAUUCCAUUUCUUUUUCUGGUUCCUACAUUCAAGAUCUUUCCAAUUCUUUUAACUGGGAUAUCAGUAAUAUAAACCACGCCAGAUCAGAAGUUGAAUGAGAAUAUAAACUCAGACAAAGUUUUUGACCUGUGAAAGUGAUCAUGUGAACCUAUUUCCUAAUUAGCUUAUUUAAAUGCAUGUAAAAAUAGUUGUAUUUGAUCACAGAAGCAAGGAUAACACGUUUGUUCCCUUUACAAGUAGGAUAUACUGCUAUUACUGCAGUAUUGUUUUGUGGCAACUAUUGACAAACAAAAUGUGGCAACUAAAGACAAAAUCCUUUUUAUAAAUGAGAUUUUAUAUUUAAUGUAUUUAUAUAACUAAUGUAUUAGAUAGUUGUAUAUUUAGAGCUAUAAAUGUUGGAGGGAAAAAAAAACAAUAGCAUGCAUAAAAAUGUUUUGGAUAGCCACAUAGAAAUACCUCCUAUGAAUGUUGUGCAAUGUAUCAUCAGAUUAUCUAUGUAAAUAUGGCUCUUAUAAAUACAGGGAAAAAUAACGUGCAACAUAUAAAAAAGUCAGGUACUUGUACUGUUCUGUAUAACAGAAACUGACUACAGUCAGCAUCUUCCAUUGAAAUGUACCUCUGUGAGAAAAG